GCUGCGCUGUGGCCAUCCCCGUUAUCCACCAGGGUGAAUCGGAAUUCCGGCACAGACGCGAAGCUCUCUCUUCGGCUUUGCUUAUCCCCAAAACACGACGACGCCCCGAGCGAGCGGGCAUCCAUCACUCGUCGAUUCCUGCUGCGUGAUAUGUGAGAGAGAGAGCGAGGGGUAGAAAAUGGCUCUGCUCUGCUGCUGCACUCCCGUCGUCGCUUUCUCUCCCUCUCCACUCUCGUCGUCGUCGUCGUCUCUGCUUCUCACUGUGAAACCAGCUUCCAGGUUGCACAUCAAACCAAUCACACUGCCCCCAAGUUCUUUCUGUGCGAUUAGUUAUCCGAAUGAAAGGAGGGGUUCGCUAAUUGUGAGGGCUGAUUCCAAUGCUGGGCCAACCGAUGGCGGUGAGGCUCCGUCUCCAUCACAGAACAAGGAAGAGGCCGCGCCAGUUGACAAGCUGCCCUUGGAGUCGAAGCUGCAGGAGAAGGCGGAGCAGAAGUUGAGGAUGAAAUUGGCGAAGAAGAUACGGCUCCGGAGGAAGCGGCUCGUUAGGAAGCGAAGGCUGAGGAAGAAGGGCCGAUGGCCGCCUUCGAAGAUGAAGAAAUUGAAGAAUGUCUGAGCUACAUACCUCAAGAUGCCUGGCAGGUUUUGUUCUGACAUCCUCUUUUGAACUCGCCAUUUUGGAUGGAGAUUUGUAUUCAUCAAUCUGAUACAUGUUGAUUUGACUGCUUCCUGUAAGGCAAAGAUUUAGAGGUAUAUAUUUUCAUUGUUUGGGUUAGAAUUCGGCCUCAAAGUUUGGGUGAUUGGUGUUUGUCAACCUCCCUCCUGCUGGUUGGCGAUCAUGAGUUAUUUGUGAUCUUUAA